UUUUAAUUUUUAACUCAAAUUGUACUGUAUUGGCAUUGAGUUAGUGGUGAAAAAUUGUCUUUUGAGAUGUAAAGCCAUUUUCUUCAACAAUAACAGAAAGCAGGGGAAAAAAAAGUCCAUGAACAACAGCUAGACUAGGGAUGUUAAGCAAUUAAAAAUAUGUUUGCAGAAUUCAUUAAUGAAUAUAAAAGAAAGCUUCUUUCCUAUGCCCCUGAUAUCCUUCAAAGAAGGCCAAGAACUAAAAAAACAAUUUUUCUCUCUUUCUAAAGCUUUCUACUUUUUCUGAUUCAAAUAUAAAAAUGAUGUUCUUUGAUGAUCACAAUAAUAAAUAAUAAAACCAAAUGCAUCAUAUUGUAAUCCCAACAGAUGAGGCAUACUAAACAAAGAAUAAAAAUCUCCAGCAAAUGGGGGUUCCUGCAAUUGUAAAUUCAUUUCAUUUCUCUGGUACCCAUUUCUUCUUUUUUUUUUUCCCUAUAUAUCAUCUCUUCUCUCUCUUCCUUUACUUCAGAUGUUAGAGUUUGUGUUACUGUUUAAGCUCUACAGGCUGUAAACUUUCCUUUUUGUUCUCCCUUUUUAUUGACUUCAACCUCUCUGGUAAGCAUCUCCUUUUUCACUCUCUACUUCUCUGCCUCUCUCUCUGUAUGUAUGCUUUUGUGUUUCUGUUCAUUUAUCUUUGUGUGUUUGUUGUGUUAUAGCUAUGUUUUGAUCAUUUCUGGAUACCCCUUUGGCUGUUUUCUUUUUAUAUGUUUCUUCAUGAAUGGAUGCUUGUCUGCAUAACUUUUUUCAAUCUUCAUCAACUCAUGUUAUAGAUCUUUCUUCCUGGUCUGUUUUGCCUGAUUCAAUUUGAAUUUCUAUCUAGGAUUCUGCUCAAAGAUUAAAACUUUUGCAUUGCAAGCUCUGCAUGUGGAUUCUUGCUGUCUUUUGAAUGUUGAUGAACUCAUGAUGUGAAAUACUUCAUCCCAAGGAUUUUUCCCUUUUCUUUCUUUACAAAGAAUACAAGAUUAUCAGCUCAAGGAGGGGAAGAUACUUCCUAGAUUUUAAAUUCCUGUAAAUUUACACAUUUGUCUUUGACCUUUCAAUUAAUGAUUACGAAAUGGUCAGCUGGCGGUCAUAUAUCAUCUGGAUUCAGGGCGUUUUUAUGUGAUCCUUACCUGUUUUCUUCUGAACAACAUGGCUGAGGAUUUUGGUGAUGAUCUCAUGGAUAGCUUGCACAUGUCCCCACGGCAAAAGAUACAGAUCUGUAAAGCUAUGAUAGAAGCACAUCCGAACCAUAAUGGAUUUUCACCAAGCAGGAGCAGCUUCGGUGAUUCCUCAGGCAUAGAACCUCAGGAUGCAGAUUACUUAUAUGUUCCCCAGCUCAGUGAUGAGCUAGAGGUCUUGAUCUUGGCUCGAUUUCCUAUAUCGGAGUAUUGGAAACUCUACUUACUAAACAAGAAUUUCUUACAUCUUCUGAGGAGUGGUGAGUUAUUCAAAAUCAGGAGGGAAAUUGGGUUUAAAGAAUCAUCCAUAUUUAUGGCACCUAGUGGGGGAAAAUGUUGGUGGGCAUUUGAUAGGCUAUUCAAGUCUUGCAGAAAGCUCCCAGAGUUACCAUCAUCAGAUGGGUGCCUUAUAAGUGGAGACAGGGAAUCACUUUGUGCUGGGAGCCAAUUGAUUGUGUCAGGCAGGGAGACUGAAGGUCCUGUUGUGUGGAGGUUUGAGCUGGAAACAAGUAAGUGGUUUAAGGGUCCUUCCAUGAUUGAUCCUAGAUGUUUGUUUGCAUCUGCCACCUGCGGUACCUUUGCUUUUGUAGCUGGUGGGAUUGGGAAGAACACCAAAACCUUGAAUUCAGCUGAGAAAUAUAAUCCGGAGACCAAAUUAUGGGAGCUGCUCCCAAGGAUGCAUCAGAAGAGAAAUCUUUGCUCCGGUUGCUUCAUGGAUAACAGAUUUUAUGUCAUUGGAGGGAGAGAUGGGCAAAACAACGAACUCACUUGCGGAGAGGCUUACGAUAAGGAUAAAAAUGCAUGGGAGUUGAUCCCAGACAUGUUGAAAGAUACCACAAUUGCAACUGGCCUAUCCCCACCCCUUGUUGCCGUGGUGAACAAUGAGCUUUACGGUCUUGAAACAUCUUCCAAUGAGCUCAGGGUCUACCUCAAGAGCAGCAACACAUGGAAGAAGUUGGGACCGGUACCUGUCAGAGCAGAUCUUCAUAGGGGUUGGGGUGUGGCAUUCAAGUCUCUUGGCAAUGAGCUGCUAGUGAUUGGAUUCUCGUCUUCCGGAUCAAGUCAGGCCAUGACCAUCUACACUUGCAGCCCGCAGCCUGACACUGAGGAAUUGCAAUGGAGGUGCAUUGAGGGCUGCAGAGACCGGCUUAACUUCUUUCUUCUCAACUGUACUGUCAUGGUAGCUUGAAUCUGCACUCAACAAGCUUUCAUAGGCUUCUUUCUAAAUAAAAAUCGGAUUGUGGAAGUAGGGAAUUGUAGGAAACCUCCGAAAUUUCCUAAAGAUAAUUGGGUAAAGCUGGAGAACCCUGGUGCUUUUUUCUAUUUCUCUUGUACCUUAUUUCUUGAUCUUGGCAAGCCAGAGAAACAAGUUAAGCAUAGUUAAUACCAUGGCUCUGUCCUUCAACA